CAGAUACCAACACGAAAAGCUGACCAAAGAAGAGGUGGAGAAGGUGAUAGAGAGCUACAAGACGAUGGGCUGGUGGCCGUAGCCUUUCCCCAGGCUCGCCCUUCUCUUCCCCUUCCCCUUCUGAUACCCUUUUUCACCUUUCCAUGCUUCACCCUUCACGAUAUCCCGAUCCGCACGACGCCUCGCUCGCUACGUCUCGACGGACCUUUUGUACAUCCUUUAAUAUUCGAACCGGAGCGUUUUGCGCAACUUCCUCAGCCGAGCACACGGCCGCCCUUGCAUUCGCGGAGUUGAGAUGCCUGCUUGCAUUGUUUGGAGCGUUGAUCGGAGCUGUCGUUUUUGUUGUUAACCUACAGGCAUCUGCAUAUUCUACACCCGAUGAGAUAAUUUGUUUUUUACUUGGGGCGAAGGAGUGGAUGCUAGGUAUAUAUGCUUCAACGCAAGAAUUACUAUACUGAAUCUGUCGAAUAAUGUGGUGAGGGAUUUUCGCAAGAUUAUAGGG